AUGGCUUCUAACAACUCCGGUGGUUCAGUUGAAUGGAUUCCAGAAGUGCGCUGUUGGUGUGGCGAAGUCGCUCCUGUAAGGAUGUCCUGGAGUUGUGCCAACCCUGGAAAGCGAUUUAGAGCAUGCCCACACUAUGGAGUACAUGGGAAUGGGAACUGUAGGUAUUUUCAAUGGUUGGACUCUGAUGUCACUGACUGUGUAUCCAAAGUGAUUCGAGGUCUAUUGAAGAUGUUAGAUAAGCAAGAAAGUGAAAUCCAAAGGCUUCAAGCAGUGAUUGCUGAGAAAAUUGUCAAGCUUAAGAAGAAGAGUCUUGCUUCAAAAAUUCAAUUUUUGUAUGGUUUUGGAUUUUGA